AUGAUAGGAGAAUUUGUAUCGAUUCGUCGCUUUGGUGCUCUUUCUUUACCUCGAGAUGUUUUUCUGACGUUUGGCAUUGUAUACUCCAAUACAAAUCGUUCGCGUAUAGAUUAUCUUGGUGAAAAGUUACAACUUCGUUGUUAUCGUCGUAUAAUUUAUCUUCGUGAAAAGUUUCAACAUCGUUGUUAUUGUCGCUUGUUAAACUCAUAUUUGAAUUAUAAAAAAACAAAAAGAUUAUCCCUUUAUAAUAGGGUAUUAAGUCUAUUGUUUAAAGUGACAGUAAUACGAAACAUUUAUAAAUUCAUCUCUUCCCGACCAACCCCUGACACACCCCGCCUCCGCCCACUAGCAGAACCUAGAGAAUCUGGAAUUGAGGGAUUUAUCUUGGAUUGUCAAGAAGGACCAGCAGUUGUUCAAACAAAGCAUGAAGACCCUGUUGAAGAUCAAGAAACGCCAAAUAAAACAUGCGGAGGCAAUAUUAUUGAAAUCUCAUCAGAUGAGGAAUGGGUCGAGGAAGAUGACAUCGCAUGUUGCGAUAACACAACACGAACAGACAGAUGCACAGAACUGAAAUUAGACAACUCGGAAAACCAACACACAGCAUUUGGUACAAUCAAAAGGAAACCCGUUGUGACGCCCUCGAUUUAUGUACAAAAACUCAUACCAUAUGUAAGUACUUUGACGGGAAAAAGUCGGAAUAUAGUGGAACCUUGCACACGCAUUGCAUCCUCGCCUCAUAUGUACUGGAAAGAGCGGAGAGAUCACCAGAAGGAGAACAGUUCAGAAUCAGGAGAGCCUUCUUCAGAGCACGCCAAUACCUCUGCAAGGGAUGUGCCGACAUUAACAGAAAACGGUACGGACAUCACUGUACAACCUGUAACUCGCGAAUUACGGUUAAGCACGUUAAUACCCCUUCUUACUACAAAAAUAGUGUUAUCUACGUGCUUAAGCGUGAUUAGCUACGUUAAGGCACAUAUCACAUUUUGACUAUAUUUAAGAUGUUGACUAUAUUUAAGACAAAACAACAAUAACUCAAAGACAGCCACUUAAGGCACAACUGAAACAAAAUUUUGCAAAUUACCUAUUCACACAUAACAUAAUGAAUUCAAGACAAUACGAUGACGAGUUAUCAAAGAGUGAGGAGUUACGUAGACCUCAUGAGAUCGGUUACUUCAACUGUCCUACUGGCCCAAACCCAUCAUCAUUCUUAUUACAGGCCUUAAGUAAUUGCUUAGCUUAUAGAUGUGACGAGAUGGUUUUUGAGCACCUAGGCGUGAUUCAAUUAAUGAAGCAGCUAUUGGAAGGGUCAAGUACACUUACAACAGAUGUGAAAUACAAGGACGCAAUGCCUAUCGAUCCACAUCCAACUCUUAUCACAAUGAACUCUUCUUCUAAAUUCAACAUACUAAAAUGACAUCCGUCCGAGUAUCAGGCAUUUGAAAAUAGGUGUACGAUACUCUUCCUGGGAACACCGCUACUCAACAUAUUUAAUGACAAAGAACUCAGGGAAAUAAAUACCUGUGGUCCAGAGUUAUUAUAUAUGCUGAGCAUGCAUAAACAAGACAAAGACUACGACACUGAAGGGGUAUUGGACAAAUUUCAAGAUUACAUUUUUUUGUAAAUAUUUUUUAUUAAUAUACGUAAUUUACAUUAA